GACACAUAAAAUUGACACACAGCAACAACAAGUCUCAUGUUUAGUUGUUUACACACAGAAAGAGAGCAGAGCACUGAAAGCAAAGAGUCGGUGACCACCAUUUCCUUUGUUCCGCGUUUCAAUCAAAUUUUCUUGUCUAUUUCCCUCUUGUCUAAGCCACCACCCUCUACAGAAUCCCACACAAUCAAAUUUAACAAAUCAGGCCAAGCCUUUCUAGCACAUGCUGAUCUGUCCUCCACGCUCCAUUACUCCCCUCUCCUCUCUAUAAAUACCUCAUGGCUUUCUCUUCCUUUUCAUACUACAACACUUUGUGGAUUCUGAUCAGUAAACUCAAAAUGGCUUUGUUUCUUUGCUCGUUUCUCUUCCUUCUGGUAUCUUCUGCUACCGCUUGUUAUCGGUGUGUGCAUCAAACCAAGGCAGCUUACUUCUCCAAAGCCCCUGCACUUUCUUCUGGGGCUUGUGGGUAUGGUUCUUUAGCUUUGGGACUUAGUGGUGGACACCUGGCUGCUGCUGUGCCUUCAAUUUAUAAAGAUGGAGCUGGUUGUGGUUCAUGUUUUCAGAUAAGAUGUAAGAAUGCAACACUGUGUACAAAACAAGGGACUAAAGUGAUCACAAGUGAUCUCAAUCACAAUAACCAAACAGAUUUUGUUCUAAGCAGCAGAGCUUUCAUGGCCAUGGCUCAAAAGGGUUUGGGGCAGGACAUUUUGAAACAUGGAAUUGUUGAUGUGGAGUAUAAGAGGGUGCCCUGUGAAUACAAGAACCAAAACUUAGCCUUGCGUGUGGAAGAAUCAAGCCAGAAGCCACAUUACUUAGCAGUCAAAGUUUUAUACCAAGGUGGUCAGACAGAGAUAGUAGCCAUUGAUGUUGCUCAGGUUGGCUCUUCUAAUUGGAGUUUCCUAACUCGAAAUUACGGGGCAGUAUGGGACACCAGUAGGGUUCCGGCUGGAGCGCUGCAAUUCCGGUUUGUGGUGACAGGCGGGUUUGAUGGGAAAAUGGUUUGGGCAAAGAAUGUGCUUCCUGCUGACUGGAAGCCUGGGAUGGUAUAUGACACAAAGGUUCAGAUCAGUGAUAUUGCUCAAGAGGGUUGCUCUCCUUGUGAUGAUGGGAUUUGGAAGUGAGCCUGAAUACACAUACACAAAGGUUCAACAUACACUGAAAUCAGUCACCAUGCACUAGGGAAUAGGAGUUGUAAACUGAAAUCAGUCACCAUACACUAGGGAAUAGGAGUUGUAGAACUCUUAACUGUAAUGUGUAACAUGUAAAAUAAUUUUUAUGUUAUAACCAAUAAACUUGUAGUUGAGCCUC